CACAAACUCACACAAACUAAAAGCUCUUCUCUCCUUCCCAUUUAUAUAUACACAGAGAGAGAGAGAGGUGUGUUUUGUGUGUGAUAUCAUAUCCAUCAUCAACAUGGAGGAGCAAAAUGGUGGUGGAAAAUGGAGUGAGGGGUUUCAUAGAUUGAAGCCAUACCUAGCAAUAAUAUCCCUGCAAUUUGGUUAUUCAGGGAUGUAUAUAAUAACCAUGGUUUCAUUCAAGCAUGGCAUGAGUCAUUGGAUUCUCUCUGUUUAUCGCCAUGUUGUUGCUGCUGUCAUCAUAACCCCUUUUGCUCUUGUUCUCGAAAAAAAAAUAAGGCCAAAGAUGACCCUUCCAAUCUUCCUCAGAAUAGUGGCGCUUGGUUUACUUGAGCCAGUGCUAGAUCAGAAUUUGUAUAACAUGGGGAUGAAGACAACCUCAACAACGUUUGCAUCCGCCACAGUUAAUGUCCUCCCAGCCAUUACUUUUAUAAUGGCACUCAUUUUCAGGUUAGAGUCAGUGAACUUCAAAAAAUUCCAGAGUGUAGCCAAGGUGAUUGGAACGGCAAUAACGGUAUCCGGAGCCAUGGUUAUGACCUUGUACAAAGGCCCAGCCUUUCAGCUCAUCAAGGGAGGAGGAGCCUUCGCCCACCACGGCAGCGCCGACACCGAGCCCACCGAUCAGCACUGGGCCUUGGGAACACUUGAGCUCAUUGCCAGCUUAGUUAGUUGGGCCGGCUUCUUUAUUUUACAAUCAUUCACUUUGAAGAAGUACCCAGCUGAAUUAUCCCUUACAGCUUGGAUUUGCGUGAUGGGUAUUAUUGAAGGUUCAAUUGCAUCUUUUAUAUUUGAGAGAGACUUAAGCGUUUGGGUCAUAGGCUGGGAUUCAAGGCUCCUUGCUUGUGUUUAUUCUGGGGUAGUAUGUUCUGGAAUGGCAUACUAUGUACAAGGUGUUGUGAGCAGGGAGCGUGGACCAGUUUUCUUGACUUCUUUCAGCCCUCUAUGUAUGAUCAUCACUGCUGCAUUGGGUUCCCUUGUCUUAGCUGAAAAAGUUCAUAUGGGAAGUGUGUUUGGAGCGAUUUUAAUAGUGUGCGGGUUGUACACGUUUGUGUGGGCGAAAAGCAAAGACCAUAACACAAGCGAGAUAGGAAAAGGUAAAGAUCAAGGGUUGCCAAUCAAGGAUGGUAUAAGAUCAUCAGAACCGGACGUUUUCGACGGCAUCGAGAUCAACGGCCAUGAUCCAACAAUGUUCAAGAAAGGUGCAGGGAAUAAGAGUAGUACUGGUGUUCCACCUCAUGCACCAGCAUUAUGAAUAACUUGAACCUGGGGGUGUCCUUAAUUAAUCAUCAUGGAUAUUGUAACAAUCAAUUAAAUUUUCCAUCCCCAUUAUUAAUUACUACUUAAGAUAGAGAGGUUAUAGAAAGAUUUUGUGACACCAAAAAUCUUUCUUAACCCACAUGUUUCACUGGCUUUUCAGUCAUCUUUAUAUAUAUAUGUAACUUUUUUUUGUCCUUUUUCUUUAA